CUGGAACAUUAUGAUCAAGCACCGCCAAGUUGCUCGAAGGGGUCGGAGAUCACAGAUGGCAGUGAGCUUCACCAAUCCAAGCGUAUCCAUGGAUUUACUGCGAACUGUACUGCAGCCCCACAUCAAUGAAGAGAUCCGUGCUGUUAUCAACAAGUACACCAAGUUUUUCCAGAAGGCUGCGUGGAAUGUGAAGGAAAACAUCGGAGAAGAUGUGGAUCCUGAGCAAUUGGUGCAGGAAACCUGUAAAAACUGCCUGGAACAGGCUAAGUUGAUGUAUUCAGAUGGAGGAAAGAUGAUUACCAAAUCCAUUGGAGAGCUUGCUGCCAUAAAGCGGUCUCGACAACUGGAGGAUGAUCUGAGCCAGAGAGGAAGUCCAAUCCCAAAGAAGGUCAGCAUGAGUGACGCUGGAAAUAGGGAGCUGAACUAAAGACAAAGCCAGUGG